CAAGCCAAGGCGGAACCCACCUAUUAGUAUUUGCGGACUAACUACCUAGGUAGCUAAUAGCUAGCUAAUCAUCAUUGAUAAGUUGUCGUCGAGACUAUUCAAGACAGGACACUGCAUUUUGCUAUGCGCAUCAACAUUCAUGGAGCUCCUUGGAGCUUCUCCUCCCGCCCGAUAUGUCUGCCAUGCCAAAUUCGAUCAAAUCACUCGACCUUUACCACCUAUCAAACGCAAACGACCUACAAGGACCACGAGAGCGACACUUCCAUCAGAGGGAUCAAAAGUCAGAACGCGCUUUGCACCCUCACCCACGGGAAGCCUGCACCUUGGAUCUGCUCGGACAGCUCUAUUCAAUUACUUGCUUGCCAAGCGAUGUGGGGGCCAGUUCAUACUGCGGAUUGAAGAUACGGAUCAGAGACGGAGCUCAGAGGAUUUCGAGAAACAGAUCUAUAAGGAGCUUGCAUGGUUGGGAUUGAAGUGGGAUGAAGGGCCAGGUCCGCAAGGCACGCUUAGGAAUUCCACGGGGCCCUACAAGCAGUCGCAAAGAUUGCAUUUCUAUACAGAACAUGUCCAGAGACUCUUAGAUAUAGGAAAGUCGUACCGCUGUUUCUGCUCGCCUGAAGCCCUCCAAGCCAAAGCACAACUUCGUGACUCAGCUGGUCUUAUCGGGCGAUACGAUCGAACAUGCGCGCAUAUACAGAAGGAUGAAUCGAGCAGGAGAGCCGCAGCCGGCGAGCCACACACUAUUCGACUCCUGUCUGCGGAAACUGCACCGCUUGUUAAAGACCUAAUAUUUGGGGAUAUAAAACACCAGUCCAGUAGCAGCCAACAGGCUGACGGCUUCGAUGACCCGAUAUUGAUGAAGCGAGAUGGCUGGCCGACAUACCAUUUGGCAAACGUGGUAGACGAUCAUCUCAUGGACGUCACGCAUGUGAUUCGGGGGGUAGAAUGGAUACCCUCAACACCGAUGCACUUGGAGUUGUACGAUGCUUUCGGCUGGGUACCACCAAAAUUUGCUCAUGUGCCCCUGUUGACUGAUGCCGAUGGGGCCAAAUUGAGUAAGAGAGAUAGCGCUGCGACACUUGAACAGCUUAGAGACCUCGGUAUAUUUCCCGAGACAGUCGUUAACUUUGCGGCAUUACUUGGAUGGUCGCACCAAGAACGUUCGGACUUCAUGACUCUCUCGGAUCUGGAAAGGCUCUUCGACUUGAAGCUUACGAAAGGCAACACUGUUGUGUCUAUGGGCAAAAUGAGGUUUUUACAGAAUGCUCACGCGGUUCAGAUGACAAAAGGGACCGAUGAGGCUUUCAGAUACUUGGUAGAUGACGUCGCAAAGAUUGUUCAGGCUCGUUUCGGCGACGUCAUAGAUCCUAUUCUUGGAUCUAGGCCGCUGAAAGAUUAUGUAUCAAGGCUGCUGAAAGCCGAUGUCAAAAACUUCACCACUAGCGCCCGAUUCGUCGAGGAGUCGAGAUAUCUUUUCAUCCCAAUAGACAAGAUAAUCAAAAGAGGAUUCCGAGCAACGACCAUCUCAGUGGACGAAAUAUACCCUAGCCUCCAAGACGAUGAAGAGUACUUCAAGUCCGCGGAAACCACUACACUAGAGCCUCAAGUGAAGGAGACACUUGAAAGACUCAAAAAUAGAUUAGAUAAGCUUAAUUUAGAAGAUUGGUCCGAAACUCCCCUUAAAGAAGUCAUUGAUGGGUUACUGACGGAAAUGUUGGAUGAGUGGAAAGGUCUCAACUCGGCUGACGAUAGAGCGGCUUGGAAAGUUCGCAAAGAGCUAGCUGCGCCAUUCUGGCAUAUGUUACGGGAUGUAAUUUCUUUUGGCAGGCCGGGUGUGGGUUUAGCUGUUGCCAUGGAGCUGCUGGGACGAGAUGAGUGUAGAAAGAGGUUCGAAGUGGCCAUGAGAGGCAGUUUCGUAUGAAAUACAGCCUCUUCCCGGUCGGAAUAUAAAGCUGCUUUGUACAUAGUCUUUCAACGCUGUACCUUGUAGGACAAUUGGAGUGCGAGUGCUCCCAAGCACUGUUAUUUCCUAUCUCCCUCGCUACCUGUAUCUCAUGAGAAUUCACCAUUGACUUUCGUCUUAAGCUCGGGAAUCCGCUCCAUCGCGGCACCAGUUCUCGACACUCCAUCCGUCAAAUCAGCUACAGAUACACCGCCAGUCGAAGCAGUCACUGACCUAAUAUGAACGUGCUUGUUAGGGAAACUAUAAACUAGGUCUCUGCCAUAAGCCUAGCCACAGUAUAGCCCUUUUCCAGAGUAGUUUACAG